UAUUGGAAUGUUGAUGUUACUUAUAAAAACAGUGAAAGUGCAAAAAGCACGGGGUCCAAAUAGAAAAAAAAUAAAUGAGUAAAGGAAAGAAAGAGAAAGAAAAAUUUCCAUAAACAGAGUACACGAAAAUCAGUUUCAAAACAACUUGGAAGUUAUUUUUUCAUUUUCCUACUUUGCAAGGGGAUGGGAGCCGAUUUUCGCUGUUUAAAGGAUUGGUGGCCUCGUUAACCAUGACUUUAGCGACUUUAAGUGUUUAUAAAUGGGAGGACUUUAGCGCAGGGAAAUGGUCGGUAUUCAAUAGUCAAGAUGCUAUUUCAAGAUCGCUAACAACGAUGCGAAGAGUGAAUGACCUUGAAACACUUCACAAACUGGCCCAUAAAGGAAUAAAAACCACAAAAUAUCUUUUUACUUUUCCUUUUUUGCGGGGAGUGUUCAUGCAAGCCAUAAGCGAAGAUGAUCUGGUUAUGAUUGGAAAGCGAAGAAAUGGAGUUGAUCGUUGAUUCCCAUGUUUCUUCUGUUCACGGACUUCCUGCAAGAAAAAAAAAGGUAAGAAACUCCUAUAAUAAUGUACCACUGUAUCAUUGCUUCUUUGAUCAAUUGCUCGCUCGUUCUUUUCAUUUACUAAUGCACCGUGUUGCCAUACGUUAUCCUAGAAAAAAGGAAGGUUCCUAUUGAGACGUUCCAAAGCAGUACAUUUCCUUACGGUACGCAAUCCACUCAUUUUGCAGCGCGUUUGGGUCCAUUAUUUUUUGAUGCUUGCAAAAGAACAGAGCAGAGCGAAUCUGUUGAAAAGUCACCACACGAAUGCGUCUUGUAUAAAAAAGAGAAUUUUUCUCAUCGCACAGGAAAUUGGACCCAAUUUUCGUAAUUUUAACCGAUUUUUUUUUCUUUCCUGUUCCUCCCAUCUCUGAUUUCUAGGUUUUUUUCGUUUUCGCUGAAUCUGUCAUUUUGAAAUCCACACAUACCCAGUUCUGAAAUGAGUGACCAAGAAUCCCCGAACGCAAGGUCGUGUCCCAUUGACCAUCGCGCAUAUACACAGCAACAGCAGCAAGAGAUGCCACGAGAUACUGAUAAUUGGUCAUCGUGGUUGAAAACUUUAUGGACCACUAGUGCGCCCGUGGGACCAACUUCACAGUCAACAAUCGGACAAAGUCGCACUAAUGAAUUGAAUUCUCAACAGAUUCCUCCAGAAUGCCCCAUGCAUGCCCAGCGUGAAGAAGCGGAUAAGAAACGUGGACCAUUAUCUUGGUUUGGAUGGAGACAGGAUGUUCGAGAAAACAAAGGUACAAUUGCGGUCGCUCCGGAAAUGGAAACAAUUCCUUCGGAAUGUCCUAUGUCCAAACAAAAGAAUAACAGCGAGGAAAGCUCGUCUUGGUUUUCGUUUUUGAAGCCCGUGGAAGUGCGUGAACAGCCGAAGCAUGAACAACAGCAACGACAAACAUAUCCCUCUGAAUGUCCCAUGUCACAAGGCACCUCAUCUAAGGAAAGCUGGUCUAGCUGGUUAUGGGGCAAGCAAGAGGGUGGUUCCUCCGAGAUGAAUCCGGAUAACUUGAUGUACAAAGAUAUAUCACAAAAGGCAACCAGAGAUCAAGUGGUAAAUUUGGGUACGAACCGGUCCACGAGUAGCAUCCCAAAAGCAGACGGAGACUUAUGGAAGUACCCCUCGCCACAGCAGAUGUAUAAUGCCAUGUGGCGGAAGGGAUACCGUGAUAGCGGUGAGAAUGUGCCCAUGAUGGUAGAAAUUCACAAUUUUUUGAACGAGGGUGCAUGGAAAGAGAUCCAAGCCUGGGAGCAGUCAAGCGGACAAAAUACAGACCCCAAAUUAUUGCGAUUUGAAGGUAAUGCUAGUAAAAAGAGUCCCCGAGCCAUGUGGUAUAUGAUGCUUGGACGUAUGUUUCCUGGUCGCUGGGGUACGAGUGAAGGUCCGUUUGACAGGCAUGAUUGGUAUGUUCAACGAAAAGAUAAUCAGAUUGUACGUUAUAUAAUUGAUUAUUACGAGGCACCAGAUGAUGGCGGUCAGCCAGUAUUUUCUCUGGAUGUUCGCCCAGCGCUGGAUGAUUUGAAUGCAAUGCGCAUGCGUUGGCGCCAUUGGCAAGAUCAACGCGAGUCAAAUCACUAAAAAUAAAGAGUUUUUCAUUCAGUCGGUACAUAUUUUUUUAUAUUUUUGCUUGUAUUACGUUCAUAAGUUCAAUGUAAAAUCGGUUUUCGAUUUUCUCUGUUUGUUCAGGAAACGUUAAUAGAAAAUGUAACAAAAUUAACAAUAAUAAUGAUAAAUUAGAAAAAUCUAGUCUCCGUUUCUUGUACUAUUUUCCUUGAGAGAAUAUAAGCUUCUCGCUUUCGUUUUCUA